AUGGCAUCCAACACUCUUGUAGUGAAAUUUGCAGAGCUUGAUGAAGCACUGCGAGCGGAGGUAAUCCCAACCCCCAAGAUCCAAACGGUUGCAGGGUAUCUCCGAAAUAGAAAAAGAUUUGUGAAGCAAUACUCUCCCAAGUCGGUGUCAAUAGGUCCCAUCCAUCAUGACGAUCAAAAUCUCAAGUUAGGAGAGGACUUUAAGCUUAUCUCGGCAGCAAAAUACAACCAUAUAACCGGCCAAUAUGAUAAUAUUGGAUACAAAAAGAUUGCCAAUAACAUUGAUAAAAUCAAGGGUCUUUAUGCCGACUAUGUUUUAGCCAAUACUGAAAAGUCUCUAGAAGGAUUCAACAGCCUUGACGAAAAGCUGUCAUGGAUAUUGUUCAUGGAUGGGUGUUUUUUGCUGUAUAUUAUGUUAUUUGUGAAUGUUGAUCCUCUUUAUGGACCUCAUGAACAGGAUCAGCUGAAUAUUAGUGUUGAUCCAGCCUCUACGGAGUUAGUUACAAUAUCGGAACAUCUGAAAACUAAAGCUGAUCAACUUGUUCUUGUGAUGAGGGAUGUGCUUUUGUUGGAGAAUCAGCUUCCUUUUCUAGUACUGAAGCUAUUGUGGCAUGGUGAAGACGAGACUACAUUGAUACGUACUAUGGAGAAAUUUCUCAAGGGUUAUAAUGUGACCACACCGGAUAAUGACACGACUCUGUGGGGGCCAGACAUUCAAAAGAAAUUACUGGAUGAGCCAAAGCCAACUCAUCUUCUUGAUCUCCAGCGUAAAAUCUUACUCCUCGCUACAAAGGAACAAAGUGGGGAAUAUUCAGAAGAAGAAGAAGGCAAGGUGAUUACAUACAGGAAAAUAGAAGAUCUAACAGCAGUAGGAAUAAAUCUUCAAUCAAGCGGAAGACGAUGGACAAAAGACAUAGAUUUCUGGGAUGGUUGGUUUAAUGCGAAACUGAUUCUUCCUGAGAUUGUUGUGGACGAUACCACAGCUGUUUCUUUCCUGAACCUGGUAGCAUAUGAGUUGUGUCCCGAUUUUAAGAACGAUUAUGGAAUAAGUACAUUCCUGUCUUUUAUAAGCUCGCUCAUUGACGGUGCUGAAGAUGUCAAGAAAUUGAGAUCAGAAGGUAUUUUGCUGAAUUUACUUGGGAGUGAUCAGGACGUUGUUGAUCUUUUCAACAUCAUAAGUGAAGGCUUGGUACCUAAACAAACAACAUAUUAUGGAAUCAGAGCUAAAAUAGAAAAGCAUCACGCUAAAAAAGGUAAGAUUUGGAUAGCGCAGGGUAUUCACAUUUAUCUCAGUAAUCCUUGGGCUAUCACUGGUGUCCUUGCUGCGUUUACUGCACUUGCUCUCACUUUCGUUCAAACAUGGUUUACCGUUUAUCCACACUAG